AUGACUGCCAACACUUGUUCAGCAAUCAACUUUCAAGGUCUAUCAUGUUCUACAGUAAACGGUACAGAGUCUAUAUGGAUGAUUACUGCUGAAGGUGGAAUAGGCCAGGUUGACCAGGGAAUGCCCGACAUCUUGCUUACUCAAUUAGUAUUCCCAAGUCUAAUCAGUUUCUCCAUCAACAAUAUCACUCAGCCAAAGAUACCUUCAUUGAAUAUUCUGACCCUGUUGGACAAUAACCAAAAUACCAAAUUAGUUACAAUCAAACUCACAGCAUCACCGGAUAUUGGAAUAUCAAUUGAUCAAAACUAUCCUAUUAAUAUCCAGAAUAUCUCAUAUGAGCUUGUAAACAUCACACUGAACUCUGAUGUUCCUGAGCAAUUUAUAGCCAGAUGUUUUGGAUUUAGAAUUGCUGAUUGUAUAUUCUCAAGUUCCUCCUAUCAGAUCAACUUUAACACAGACCUUGUUCACCAAAACUUGAAGGAGGUGUUUAUCCUGUUUCCAGCACAGCAGACCAAGUUCACCAACAUCUCACUUGAUGAUUACCACUUUCCAUCGUUAACUCCAAGUAGUCCUGUGUAA